AUGGAAUCUAUCGCUAGUACUUCUAUGGAUGAAACUCAUAUUAUUGAGCACAAUCAAGGUUUAGCAUCAGCAGUUCAGGACUCUAAAGACACCGCAUCUCCAAUAUUUAAGUGUUGUUGCUGUUCAUUAGAAGAACGCUUUGAUUUCAAAGGCCUCAAACCACCAUUCGCGCGACAAUUAACUUAUUUAGAAGAAUGUUAUAUUAUGAAAGAUCCUUUUAGUUUACCUAAUAAGGGAGAAGUUUUAGUAUUAGGGGCAGACUGUAAUUUUUGUAAGAAACCUGUAUGUCUAGGAUGCAGCAUAUAUUUCGGAAAACGAUUUUGUUCAAGAUGUGCAUCAACUAAUAUACAAAAUUUGCCGUCACAAUUGCAUUCGAAAAUAAAAAGCUUAAUAAAAGAAACAGAUUCAUAA